CGCAUCCCAUUUUAUUUCCAAACAAAGAGAAUAUGUUCCAACGUAUGUCGGCCCGGAUCUCUGUAGCUUUCGCAAAUAGCAAGAAAGUAAUCACGUUUCCAUCAGCACGGUCGAAGUGAUAUGGCUGUAUAUAAAUGAGUCUGCCAAAGGUGCUUGUGAAUCCACUUCUCGCUGUUUCACCACUCAGUGUCACAAACAUGCUACAGGACGAUAUCUGAGUUGAUACUGCACGAUCUUUACGAACUUUUAUGAUGGCAGCACUACCAGAAGACGGUUUCAGAAACGACUAUAAUCAUAGCUGGUUCCCGGUAGCUUCAUCUGAUCUUGAGUUGACAUGUUUCAGCUACCCAGCUUCAGAUGAACAUCAUGAUAUGUUUCGCCAUAUUUCCAAGUCAAGUUUGAAGUGUGUCGAGGCAGAUGAUCAGACUAUCGAGCCCGACCACAACGAUCUCGACAGAACAAAUCACCCGGAUGUACAACAAGUCAAGCCAACCGUAUCCCCGUCCCUCGCAGCUGUUGAAAUAGAUGACAUCGUGUCAAUUCCUGCCUAUGAUGAGCAGUUCUCAACGAUUUUAGACGCCAGAAGGUACCUAGCCGACGAGGAGACUAGGAUGCUGCAGCUCGACCGGAUGGAUGACGUUUCGGAUGUGCGUGCUUCGCUUCAUAUGCAUUGUGCUCGACUAUUCACCGCUCUGACUGCGAACCCUGUUCAGGCGCCGGCAAGGUUCACCCCGUUCCAGAUCUUGUACUAUGAUAAGAACCAGGCUACCACGCUCACCGACGUCAAAUCGAGUGUUGUCGACAAUAAUGCACACGCAGAAGCGCGAGUCAUGGUCGUCAUUGAUGAGGUGAUGCAGCUACAUUCGUUGGGCGUUCCGCUUUCCUCAACCUCGUACACGAAAUCUGGAUCGAAGAACGGAUAUCGUUUGGACGAAAGCUUGAUAUGCUCCGAACGUGUCGAAAGAGUCAUCGAGGCCGCACAAAAGAACAAGUGCGUUGCGCAUGAUAUCCUCAACGACAGAGGGGUGAAAAACUUGGUACUGAACCCCAAGGAGUACCUGAAGCGAAAACAAGAGAAUGCGCGAGUCAACGCGAAAAAGUCGUACGACAAGUCGCAAGCAGGCAAACACAAUUCAUCAUUCGCAAACCGGUCCACUGAGCUUGCUUCCAACCGUAGAUACGGAGCUAAAGGGCAAAUAUACGUCAAGUCGAAUAUGAACUCUCCUCGUGGGCAAUCUGCGCGUCGAAGCACUGAGCGGGAGAUUGAGCAUGCUCUAAAUGUUCAGGUCCACGCACGUGCAGAUGAUCAGAUGCACCAGCAGGAGGUCGAGGAUGCGCAGCGAGCAUUCGCAUACCACCAGGUGCGGUCUGCUCAGUCCUUUCAGCAAGACGAGAUGGGUGCCUCGACAAUCCAGGACGGGAGUCGCAAACGUAUCAAGCGAGGAUGAUUCUGGUCAUGCUUUUUGUCUUCCAUCAAGAGUUUCGUAGCCUCCUGGGAGUGCGCCAUCCUGUCUGCCACCGAGGCACCUCAACGUUGGACGUGAAGUGGUAGGAGUGGAGGCAGUGCUGAUUAUCGCAAUGGGCUAGGGAGGACCUGAAAGUUAGGCCGUCUCCUGCA